CUCUUGCUGAAGCGCUAUUUCAACACCGACAAAAAUAAACAUGGCAUCCUCGAUGACUUCUCGACAGAUAUUUCGACAGCUUUCAAGGGAAUUUCAGCUUAUACACCCAAAAGUAAAACUUGAGGAUGUACCUGCCUUCAAACACAUGACAGAGCAGUUCAAAAAAUUCCAGGCAACAGGAAAACUUUUGUGCCGCGCAGACAACGAGGUCCAAUAUGUUGCAGAUACUUACAGAUGUAUGCUGCAGAGCACCAGGAAACAUGAUGAAUUGAUGAAGAUGUAUGGUGGAAAAGCAGACAGGAGUACGGAAGAGAGUGCAAAUUUAGUCGGACUGACUCUGCCCAAAUGUUAACACAUGAAGCUUUCCUAUAAGUUUGAUGAUGGAUAUUAGACUUCGGAGGCUGGAUAGAACUUAUCCUCUUUGUAACAAGGUGGACACUAGUGAAAUACUAGAAUUUUGUAAUUAUGUGACUUGUCCACUUAAACGAUGAUUGACAGGUUAAAAACAGGUUAUUUUUAACCGUAGCCAAACUAGAGCUGAGAGGGUGAAAUUGAAAUCACUUAACAGAGAAAUAUAAUUAGGAAUUAUAUUGUUUGCUUGUUAUAUGCUUUUAAAAUUUGUGUAUUGGACUUUGUAAAUAUGUUGUUACUAGAUUAAAUCUACAUGUAUACAAA